UCGGACGUCGCCACUAGGUAGGCAGCUCGCUGUGUUUUGAGACGGAGCCGGUGUGUGAGUGUGUGCUGUACUGCUGCAGUGAAGUAAAAUAUGUCAGUUAUCACCGGACAGCAGCGAGAGCCGGCUACAAAUGUACUCUGAGAGACAAUCGGUGCAGCGAUUUUCUGUUUAAUUCUACCGAAAUGAGGCCCGGCUUCUCCAUAUCUACAGCGGCGGCACAAUAAUAAGUUUAGUACAUGAGUACCACAUUAGCAUUGGCAACAAAGCUGAGAAGAACUGCUCUCUUUGGACUCUGACAGUGUGAAGUGUGGACAGUGAGACUGUCAGACAGCAGUAAAAGGAAGAUAGUCAUCAUGGCAACCACAGUGACCCCUGAGCCCCUUACGGCACUCUCUCGAUGGUACUUGUACGCCAUCCACGGUUACUUCUGUGAAGUCAUGUUCACAGCAGCCUGGGAGUUUGUGGUGAACUGCAACUGGAAGUUUCCUGGCGUGACGAGCGUGUGGGCGCUCUUCAUCUACGGAACCUGCAUCCUGAUCGUAGAGCGCAUGUACAUUUGUCUGCGGGACCGCUGCAAUGUGCUGCUCCGCUGCAUCAUUUACACACUGUGGACAUACCUGUGGGAGUUUGGCACGGGUUUGCUGCUACAGCAGUUCAACGCCUGUCCAUGGGAUUACUCAGAGUUUAAAUAUAACUUCAUGGGCCUGAUCACAGCAGAGUACGCUGUGCCAUGGUUCUGCGCUUCCUUUAUCGUAGAGCGCCUGGUGAUACGCAACACGCUUAGGUUGCGCUUCGACGAGGCUGCUGAUCCCAGCCAAGCUGAAGAUCGGUCGGAAACAAGCGGAGGGCAACGAGGACGAGAUGCCAGAGCAGGGGCCACCAGCACAAACGGUUACGUGAAGGUGGACUGAAGAUGUUGUCAACACCUUUUCCCAUCUCAAAGCUCCCAUCACCCAUGACUCUAUCCGCACAUCUCUCAGUCUCUCUCCCAGCUGCUUCCAGGGAAAGAGUCGCUUGGACUGUUGCACAAGUGUGAAAAACUUUAUGAUUUAUCAUCCAGUCGGUGUUAUUUACUCAUGUGGAGGGACGUUCAUUUCUCACCUCAGUGCUCAACGUUUACUGCCCUCAUUUUGGGUGAGUAGCUGUUAGGUUCAAAGUUUGUUAGUAGGAGUGAUGCCUGAUGGUAUAAUGAGAAUUAACCCUCCAUCUCUACCACAAUACUGUUCCUCCCAAACCAGUCCAUCCACUCCGACACUCUGGGAGGGGACAAACAAAAUAACUAGUGAUCCCUCAUCCAAUAUAUACAGGAACACAAACACAUCACUUGUAGAGAGAUGAAA